AUGUCCCUUCAGUGACUGCAGGUCUGUGUGGCUCCAGCACUAUCACAAGGAGCCCACAAGAGGGCGCCACAGGCUAACUAUUCCUUACUUCCUCUGACAGAUCACUGUAACCCUCUUCUCUUCAGUCUGCUUCAGAUAACAUUGAUUGUAUGACAUAUGACGACGAUUAUUAAUAGCCUACUGUUAAACCCACGAAGACUUGAGGUUCGUCCACACAUUAAAAUCACCCAUCACCAAUGACACGUUUCAUCAAACUAAUAAUAAUGCAGGUGAAUGCAAGUGAAAGCCGGAUCUUGUGACCAGAUGCGCCUCAGUCAGGGCACGCGCACGACUCUCCUCCUCCAGCGCUGCUGCUGUCAGUCUGAAUCACGUCCACACGCGCACAUCGGCUUCUCUGUGCUCCACCGUCUGCUCUCAUCUCCAUGGCCACAUCAGAUGGAUCCGAAGAUUGCGUUGUGCGGAGAGGAAGAUCUCAAAGUGACCCGAGCAUCCUCAGCGACACUCGUGUGGUUUAUACGAACAGCUCAGAUGUGAUGGAUCAGCACAGAGCGCUUCACUCCGGUUGUCUGGUGUCGGGGGUCCGAACUCCCCCCAUCCGACGCAACAGCAAACUGGCCAGCCUGGGACGCAUCUUCAAGCCCUGGAAGUGGAGGAAAAAGAAAAAUGAAAAACUGAGACAGGGCUCUACAGGGCCGGAGAGGAAAGGGCCCAGCAGGCCGAAUCGUGACGAUCUCGUCAGGAAGGGUCUGACAGAGGCUGGCAUGGAGUCGGGUCAGGCGUGUGGCGUGAGUCCAGACGAGGCAGGAUCCCCGGCGCGGGACGGGUCUGACGGAGAGGAGCACGAGGACGAGCCCAUGGCUCCGCUGGCCAGCAACACUGAGGAUCUGGGGUCUGAUGAGGACAAUCUGUCCACAGCACGAGACGCCACAGAGAUGAUAGACACAGAAGGGGAACUUGAACAAAGUGAGGAUGAGGAGAAGUCCUGUGUUGAAGCCUCGAGCCGAGGGGCCAGUGUGGGGCCCCCUGAGGCCCCUGAGCACCAUGAGCCGAAAAAAGAGGAGGCGCCGCCGCUCAGAGAAGUCCACACUCCUCCAGCCAGACUUCCUGUGAAGCUGCUGACUCGACUGGGUACCCACUCUAAUCAGAGCCGGCCCGCUCCUGCCACGCUGCCCAGGAACUUCACCCUGCCCAAAGACGCCCUGCGGGGCAGGAUCUGCACCCCCACCGGCUCCCCUCACUUAGGUCUGAUGCCCCCUAGCUGCAUCAUCGAGGAACUGCACCGUGCGCUGGCCACCAAACACCGGCAGGACAGUUUCCAUGGAAAGGAGAUGCGUAGCUCACCCAGACGGCGCUCAGAUGGACGGCUGUCCCGCACCUCCAGCACUGAGAAUGAGCCGAGCCCAGAGGUGCAGAACCAAAAAGAGGCUGAAGAGAACAAGGAGAACAUGCGUCUGGACGAAUACUACAGUGACCCGGACAGCUGGAACGAGUCCGUCAUCUCUGGUACACUUCCACGACGAAUCAGAAAAGAGCUUCUGGCAGUAAAGCUGCAUAACAGACCCAGCAAACAGGAGCUGGAGGACAGGAACAUCUUCCCCGUGCGCAGUGAUCAGGAACGCCAGGAGAUCCGCCAGCAGAUCGAAAUGAAGCUUGCCAAGAGACUGAGCCAGAGGCCAGCGGUGGAGGAGCUGGAGAGCCGGAACAUCCUCAAACAGAGGAAUGACCAGACAGAGCAAGAGGAGAGAAGGGAAAUCAAGCAAAGGCUAAACAGAAAGCUGAAUCAGCGGCCCACGGUUGACGAGCUGCGGGACAGAAAGAUUCUGAUCCGUUUCAGUGACUAUGUGGAAGUGGCCAAAGCUCAGGAUUACGACAGAAGAGCAGACAAGCCCUGGACCAGACUAUCUGCUUCAGAUAAGGCGGCGAUUCGCAAAGAGCUGAAUGAGUUCAAGAGCAGCGAAAUGGAGGUUCAUGCGUCAAGCAAACACCUGACAAGGUUCCAUCGACCAUAGCAAGGUUUCUUCCGUGAAGAAUAUGCUAACGGUGUCUCUGUGAAGUCCCAGACCUCAGGGGGCUGUCCAUGGCUGCUCCGUGGAGGGCCUGAUAUUUGGGCGCUAGUGAACCUUGGAGGCUAUGUCUCUGGAGCUUCAUCCUGAAGAAGCCAAAACCCUCCAAACUCCUCUCAGUCCAGCUGCAAGUCUGUAGAUUACUGAACCUUUGCUGUUUUUCAGAGGACUCUGGUGGCUCGGUGGAAGACUGUUUGAAAAAAAAAAAAAAGACAUUUGACUUUUUCGGGGUUUUUUGUUUUUUGUAAUUUAUUUUGUAAUUUUUAAAUGAUCACCUUUUGA